AUGGAAUUGAUAAGAGCUAGAUCCACUUUACCUGUAACACCAUCUAAACCUAACCAAGGUAAUCAAGUCCCUGUAUUAGAUGUAGUAAGAGUACAGAAGUUAAUCCCUAAGUUUACUGAAGAAGCUCCAGAUGAGUUUUUUGAUCACUUUGAGAAAGUGGCUUCAGGAUCAAGUGAAGGAUCUUUGUGCUUAGAAGAAUUGUUCCAGGGAAGUGAUUUUUCCCACAGUACUGACCAAGAAGAGAUUUCCCAAGAAGAUGAAGAAGACGACGACGACGAAGAAGAAGAACCUGAUGUUCCUGAAGAGACUCCGAGUAGUCAAAGUGUUACUGAAGACAGUAGUGAAACUACAGUAGCUGAGUUAGCAGAUAUUGGGAAUUCAGCCCUUGAAGUUGGUCAACACAUGCUGAAGAAUAUUUCAAAAUAUGUCAGAGGAAAUGAGGCACUCGGAUAA